AUGGCUAACGUGGAUGCGGCGCUUUUGGAGCUUGCCGUUGCAUGCAGAGUACCGCAGGAGUUCCACUUCGUGCUGGAUGGUUAUGACGUGCCGCUGUUUGGUUGCCUAGCAGCCUCACAUUCGGAAGUCGAUGCCUCAAUCGAGAUACUGCUGGAGGGGGCCGCCUUGCCUGCAGAGUCUACUGAGAAACUACGUCUCAUGUCAUCCUUCCGUCUGCUGUUUCAGAAGUGUCAGUCUGUGACGGCAACGGGUUCAUCUGCGGGGAGUGCGGCCCAUGCAAGCAUGACAUCCAAUGCAGCCUCAUGGGUAGACUCUUUCCCGGCUAAAUUGACAGGUGAGGAGGUGGUGAAACUCCGCCUUGAGUUCGAGGCUUCGUACCCAGGAGAGGUCUUGGAUGCGGAUAACACCCCAGGUCACCGGCUGUUAGCGUUGGCCGCAAAGCUUGUUAAACCAGGUGAGAUGCGGUGGGUGGCUUGGAAGCAUCGGAUGAGCAAAUCCCAAGAGGAGUCUUUCGCUCUGCGCAGGCCGGCAAAAAUCCCAAGGUUGGAAGAGCUGGUGUACGACGAGAUACCUUCAAGAGAGCUACCUCAAGGCCAAGUCGGCAUGACCUUUCUGCAGGGCAUAUUGGGUCUUUUAUGCAUAUCGCUCGCCUUCGUUAAGGGGGCUCACCUUCAGAGCCUGCGGCUUUACGAGCGCAAGUUCAUCCGCCUGGCCUGCCAGCGGCAUGAGGCAUCUUCGGGGCUCCGAAGCCCGAAUAUGGAGGAGCUUCAGGCGGCAGACAAGCACAUUUGGGGCUUGAUCGCGGAUUUGGUCAAUGUCCACAAGUGGAGCCUGAAUGAUGCACUGACGGAGGUAGUGCAAGUUCGCGGUGACUUGGCCGCUAUGUUGCAACCUCGCAGCCAAAUCUUGAGGAUCAACAGGCAGCCUUUCAAAGGCAAUGGCAAGGGGAAAGACUCCCCGGGCGGUAAGAACGGCAAAGGCAACAAGGGCAAUGGCACCAACAGUCAACGCUGGAUGCUUUCUUACACGGACUCCAAGGGUCAGCGCAAACAAUUGUGCCGUGGUUACAGUUCUCCAGACGGAUGCAAGUUUGAGAACUGUAAAUUCGAGCAUCUCUGCCCGGUUCCCGGCCCAGAUGGAAAGCCGUCACAGUCGGUGGCGGAACACUCCGAUGUGCGGACUGGUCGAUCCAGCGAAAUUCCGUCGCCGACUGCAGCGGAUUUUUCUUGGGAAGCUUGCUUGGCUAUCCUGCAGACUCACUGUUUGGGUGAUGUUCCUCUCUACCGAGACACAGUUCUUGCAGGUGCGCGAUCUCGAGCACAGUAUUUCAAUUUUGGGGCGAGAGCGGGCUCCAAUGCGGGGCUUUGCAAAGGCACAGCAGAAAACGCAGAAUUCGUUGAGUAUCUGAACAUUUUCCUUCGGCAGAUUUUUCCAGACGGCACAUGGUCCAGUUUUUGUGUCAGUCACAAUGAGUUCGCUCAUAUCCACGUGGAUAAGAACCUUCCGGGAUCCUUGAACUAUUCGUUCAGUGUUGGUGCUUUUGAGAAAGGCGGUUUGUGGGUGGCUUUGCCGCCAGACGAACUUCCUCACCUUCCGCGAGUGCCUCCGCCGGACACAUCAGCUGAUUCCUCGCUGUUGGGUUGCAUAAUUCAGACCAGGAGGUGUGGUUUUUCUUGGGAUGGCCGCAUUGCUCACUGUUCGGAGCCAUGGGUUGGCGACAGAUGGGUCGUGACGGCCGAUACUUCUUGCACUUGGGGUUCAAUGCCUGAGUCGGAUCUUCGCUCUCUACGGGAUCUUAUGUUUCCGCUUCCAGGCGACGCCAUGAUGGUCGACGAGGUGGAGUGUGUGUCUCGGGCUGCCAAAAUUGACCAGGCUCAGCUGGGGCUACCGGUGGCAGUCAUGCCUCCCGACCUUGACGCAAUUCGCGGAAAUCUUUUUCUAGAGAUCUGUUCUGGGCCAAAUCGGCCUCUGUCUGCUGCCCUCCUGGAGAAAGGUGUUUCAGUGCUUUCGAUCGACAUUCUUUUGCAUGAGGAUCACAACUUGUUGAAUGACUCCACUUAUGACAGUCUCAUGCGGCUAUGCUACAGUGGACAGGUGAAUCUGGCACACGCAUCUCCACCUUGCACAGAGUACUCCAGGCUGAAGCUCCGGGCGGAUGGUGGCCCCAGGGCGAUUCGCACUCCAGAACACAUGUCUGGCAUUCCUGAUUUGAGUCCGUCAGAGAGGCAACGUCUGGAGCAAAGCAAAAAAGUGCUGGUUCGUACAAUCAAUUUGCUGCUGGCAACAUACUGUGCUGGCGGGCAUGUUAGUCUGGAGAACCCUUUGAACAGCAUGGCAUGGUUGGAGCAGGAAGUCCGAGAAUUUCUGCAACACAUCAACGCGGACCUGAACUGUGUGGCUGCUUGUGGCUAUGGUAUGAAUGUACUGAAGCAGUGGUGUUUCGCAUGCAGUUUUCGGGAUCUCCAGCGGAUUGCAUGUAGUUGUCAACAUGAUCCUCAGUCGCAUGCACAGGUGGCAGGAAUUGUUGACAAAGACGGCGUUUACGCUUCAAGAGCCACAUCGGAGUUUCCGGCACAGCUCGCACAGGCCUAUGCAGAAGCUGUUCUUCCUUUGUUCGAGACCUCGAGCAAGCCGUACACCAUUUCUCUUGAACAGGUUAGGUUUCUUCGAAUUCACAAAACCAAGGAGGAACUUCCCCGAAGCACACAGGACGGUGGUGGGAUCUACUCAAUGCCGGAUUGGAGUUUUCCUCCGAGCGGCUGCAAGGACCUCCUAGGGGGAGUGCGUAAGCAGCUUGUGGAGUACCUUUUCCACAUCAAGGCCCCAUUGCGAUUGCGCGCCCAUGUGGAGUCCGAAAGCGAUCUCCCGCUGUUCACAGAGAAUGAGGUUCGGCAAUUCAGGGAGAUCUGGCAGCAAUGGUUCACACAACAGGGUGUGCAAUCAAUCGAUUGGAGCGUGCCUGAACAUCAACCUUACUCGCUGCUGGCCUUACAAAGUCUCUCUCGAGCCUUGCAAGAUAGAGAUGAUGAACUCUUUCCAGCAUUGAUUGCGGGGGUUCCCACAGGUUUCUUCUCGGAUAUCCCGCCCAGUCACGUUUUCGUUCCGAAGCACAAGGAUGACUCUUCCGAAACCCCGGCGGAGCUUGUGAUCUGCGAUCGCAAUUGGAAGGGGGCCAGAGAAAAUCCUAGAAUCCUUUGUGAAUUGAUUGAUAAGGAAAUUUCAGAGGGUUUUUUGGAAGAGCUUGAUCUUGCUUCAGCUCAGCAGCGCUGGGAGAACAUCGCAGUUGCCAAGCUCAACGUGGUUUUGGCGGACAACCGCAAGCCGCGCUUAAUUAUGGAUGGGACUGUCUCAGGCGUCAACUCCUCUUGCUUCUUGAAUGAGCGAUACAGUCUGCCAUCGCUUAAGGACGUGCGCUCUGCAUUCCCACUACGCAUGAACAACGAGGACUUGUCAGCUUUCAGCUUGGACAUUCGCGCGGCUCACAAAACGAUUCGCAUUCGGGAGAAGGACCGGGGAUUGGCGGGGAUCAAGCUUGAAGACGGUCGACACCUGUGGUACCGAGUUUGCCCAUUCGGCACAGGUUUCAGUGCUCUGUGGUGGGCACGAUUGUCCGCUUUCAUGAUCCGAACCUUUCAUCUCUUGAUCUGGUUGUGUCACGCUUUAGGCAUCUUCGUCGACGAUCUAUUGCUUUGGCAGGGCGACAAAGCAAUCGAGAUUUCAGGUUGCCUCAUCCUCAGCUUUUGCCAAGCAUACAAUGUGCCGCUAUCGUGGCACAAACUGCAGUGCGGGUACAAAGUGAAGUGGAUAGGAUGGCUAUUCAAUUUCAGAUCAGGGACUUUCAGUUUGCCAACGGACAAGAUUGAAAAAAUUCUUCGUUCGGUGAGGGUUGUUCUGCGGCCAGGCAACGUGGAUCGCUGCGAUCUUGAAAAAACUGUGGGUCUGCUUCAGUGGGUAAGCCAGAUUUCUCCUGAACUCCGCCCCUGGAUGGCAUUCUUGUAUUCGGAUCUGCAUAGACCGGUGGCAACAAACCAUCAUGUGGAUUCUGGCGAGUGGCACUUGCUGCAUGAGUACUUGGAUGAUAACCUGCGGUUCACCAGCCAACCUCCGGGCACAGCUAUUCCACGAGGUGCUCGUCUUUUGUCUGCCAGGCACAUUGAGCUGCACUCCAAGCAGGACUUGAACAAAGUUCCUCUGACUUCACGUCGGAUAUAUAUGCGUAUCUCCGAUCCCAAACAUCCCAAGCGCAAGAUUUCGGAAUGCAGCCGCAAGUUCAUGGAAUUUUGGGAAUCGUGGUGCAUGCGCAGCCCAUUGGAGCAGUGCCUGCACCUUCCUCCACGGAGCAUUGCCUGCACCUUGGCGGCGGAUGCUUGUGCUCAGGGUUCUUCUAUCGGGAUAGGUGGUUUUCUUCGUGUUGAGGGCUCACCCGUCUUGUGGUUCAGCGAGCGAUUUGAGAAGUCGGAUUUCGAUGACUUGAACAUCCCUCUCGACAACAACACUCAGAAGAAUAUUGGAUGCUGGGAGCUCCUGGCUCAGAUUGCUCUGGCACUUCUUUUCGCAGAGACUUGCCCGGGAGGACGAUGCAGGCUUCAGCUGCGUACUUUCUGCGACAAUGCCUCUGCACAGGCAUCGGCAAAUCGUUUGAUGACUACGUCAUCCCCGCUCUGCUUUUUCGCUCAGCAACUGGCUUUUGUCGCUUUUAGACACGGGAUUACCCUGGACGUGCACCACAUUUCGGGCUUCCGCAACGAGGAGGCAGAUUACCUGUCCCGCUGGAACGGCACGGACCCUCUGUUGCCCGAGUUCGCUGAAACCUUUCGCUAUCGCUACCCAGUCAAGCGCAUGUGGCAGUCUGACCAUGAUGUGAGAGUGUUCCCGACGGGCACUCGGCUCCUGUGGAGUCCUCCGUGA